UUCUCAAUCUAACCCUAACCUAUCACACAACAUCUGAUUCUACUUUGUUUUUUCCUCGGUCACCAUUCUUGCAGUUCCUGAAGAGGAACUUGAAUUUUAUCACCCUCCAAUUCACCUCCCUCGCGAAUUUCAAUCUCAUAUCUUGUCUUCCUUCCUUUCAUCACUACUACUCAACUUAAUAUAUAGGAAGCUAGCUGUUAGUCCUCUACUGCUUGCAUCACUUCAAAUUAGCAACAAACUUAAGCCCAUCAAAAUUAUUGCAAUUACACAUAUAUAAAGAUAUAUAUUGGAAUUCUCCAAUUGAAUUCACUUCCUUUAGUUCUUGUAUAUUACUCAUAGACAAAAAAAAAGAAGAAAUGGAUCCUAUUACAGCACAUGGUCACUCUCUUCCACCUCCUUUCCACACAGCAAGAGAUCUCCACCUCCACCACCAACAGCAACAACACCAGUUCCACUCCUUACAAGAAGACGAGCAAAGUGGAAGCAGCGGAGGCCUAAACCUCGCAGCUCACAAAAGGGAACGCGAAGAAAACAACAACAGCGAUGGCAAAGAAGGUGGUGCUGGCUCCGCCGAAACCGAAAUUUCAAGAAGACCUCGAGGAAGACCCGCCGGAUCCAAGAACAAGCCCAAGCCCCCCAUCAUCAUCACGCGUGACAGCGCCAACGCCCUCAAAACGCACGUCAUGGAAGUCGCCGACGGCUGCGACAUCGUCGAGAGCGUCUCCGCCUUCGCCCGCCGCCGCCAGAGAGGGGUUUGCAUCAUGAGCGGCACUGGAACCGUCACCAACGUCACCCUGAGGCAACCUGCUUCUUCCGGCGCCGUCGUCACUCUCCACGGCAGGUUCGAGAUCUUGUCCCUCGCCGGAUCCUUCCUCCCACCUCCGGCGCCUCCCGAAGCCUCCGGUUUGACCAUAUACCUAGCCGGAGGACAAGGACAAGUCGUCGGAGGAAGCGUGGUUGGCGCGCUGAUUGCUUCGGGGCCUGUGGUUAUCAUGUCAGCUUCGUUUAGCAACGCUGCGUAUGAGAGGCUUCCUUUGGAAGAUGAGGAGCCGUCGAUUGGGCUUCAGGGAGGAGGUUCGAUUGGGUCACCUGGCGGUGGCGGUGGCGUUGGUCAAUCGCAGGCACCUCAUCAGCUUAUGGGGGAUUCUACUACAGCGCCUCUUUUCCAUGGUUUGAAUCCGAAUCUUCUGAAUUCGGUUCAGAUGCCGUCGACGGAGACGUUCUGGGCAACGGGUCGCUCUCCUUACUGCUGAUCGAUGAUGCAACAGUAACAAUACUGUGACUGUGGAUCAUUUCAUUGGUCUUUUUGGGGGUGGAUCGGGUACGUACGUACUACGUAGCAAGAGAUUCACCAAACUGUACUGUCGUGUUGCGAAAAAGCUAGUUAGUAGGGAAUGAAUAGUGGAUCCAUAUUAAGUUGAACGAACCAACGUGCCAUUCAGCUUCUAUUGUUUGUCGUUUUGAUUAUUAGGUGAGUCACUUGGCAUAUGUUUACGUGUAUUUUGAGACUGUAAUUAAAUUCAUGGAUGAAUCGUGGGCUAGUUUUAUUCUAUUUAUGAGAAAACAAGAAUGGGUGAAUAAAUGCAGUACUAGUUAUUUACUGGGUAGCAGCAGCAGUAAUAGUUUGUACGCGGAACGAAUGCAAAGGAGAAUGAGGAGGAAGAUUUAAGAGAACCACGCAGUGGGGGAAGAUAUUCUCUACUGCAUGUUGUGUCUUCGAUUCAACACUUAAUGUAAGUGUUUGAAAACUCACAUUUGCAGGUUGGUAUUCGUUGCAUUCCUUGUUCUCGUUGUUUUCUGUUCGUUGUUAUAUGGGCGUCUUCUAUCAGGUUUAGAAACCGAAGAACAGCGUUUUGGGUUGCUCAUAUUUCUGAAUUGAAAGGUAACGUCUCUUUUUUGUUGUUUCACUUUGAGGUUAUGGUAGAUGUAUUAAUACAUGUGCGCGCACUGUGUGAUGGAUUUAGUGAAUAGUGGAAGUGGUUUAAUUUCUUGA